CUCUAUCCGUUCUGCUUUUCAGAAUCUCGGACUUUACAUCAUAGCAAGCACACAGAGAAACACUGGAUCUUAAUCAAGGCUUUCCUUACAUAGUUCACGAUGCCUCCACUGACACCCACUCCAAAGGAAGAACAACUUAUCAACGAAAGUAGGCAACCUGAUCUCUGGGGAUGUUUGAUUACCUUCCUUAUUAUAAACGAUUUGUUCAUUGCGGGUAGAUUAUGGGGGACGUGGGGAUCUAUAAGGAGUCGCUGGCGGUUCAUGACAGAGGACAUAAUGAUCAUUUUUAGUGGGAUCUUCGUGAAUGCCAUCAUAGCAAAUUUGAUGGUAGCUACACAUUAUGGGCUUGGCCUUCAUACAAGUACCGUCAUCGCGCGCGAUCCCAACUAUCCAUCGAACUUGUCAAAAACCUUUAGGCAUAUUUGGAUCACUAUGGUACUGAUGAGCAGCUUCUUCGUUUGUAUUAAAAUGACUUUACUCUACUUUUAUAAACGUUUGUUCCUGGUAGGCAACACGAAGCUGCGCAUCUUCUGGUGGGCCAACUUUGUUUAUAUCGUCCUUUGGUUCUUCGGCAGCACCGCCUUCUACCUGUUCCAGUGCAAGCCCGUACAAUGGUACUUCAUUCAGUACUACAAAAGAUUCCCGCAUCUACCUAUACCCGGUAAUAUGAACGGCCAGUGUAAUGCCACAAACGUACUGCACGUUUCGUUACCACUUAUAUUCAGUCUGAUCUCCGACAUUGGCCUUUUGCUGUUACCUCUUUCGGCCAUCUCUCAGCUGAAACUAAACAAGAGCACAAAGCGCGGUUUAAUGGCUGUCUUUGGCAUCGGGCUGGUCGCUUGCUUGCUUGAAUUGGGUCGUGUGCUUGACCUUUUGAUCGAUACUGACGACAAGACCGACCCAAGUUAUGGCGUUUCCGUAUUCCUAAUUCUUACGGCUGCCGAGGAGACCACGGCAGUAGUAUGCGCAUGCCUACCCAUAAUCGUGGCCCAACUCACCAAAAAGCUCAGGGCCAGGACUAGAAGUAGCAGUUAUAUGCGGGACAAGAACGUUGGUCAGGGUUCAUCCGAAGGACGAAGCGCCCGUGGCUUCAAGCGCGUCACAAGCUUGAAUCACCUAUGGACCAUACCGACAACUCUGGAUGCAUCGAAGAUAUAUAGCACUCACCACGACGAUAUACCAAUGACGAGCGUUGAGAUAGUUGGGAACUCUAUAUUGAAGGAUGGUAAUAAGGAUGGUGCUUCCAGCCACAGAGGAUCCCUGCGGUACGAGGAGAUAGGAGGGGGUAGCGUACAUCCUGCGUUUUCUCACUCACGGACGCAGCAACACGACACUGAUAAUAUCACUCGGACAAUAGGGGCUAACCCCCUAGUGUAUAGUGAUAUUCAUGUACGCAGCGACAUCCAAGUUGAAAUAAAUAACACAGUUUAAGUGGAUGAAGUCAUGACAAUAUCGAUAGCCCGUUGCAAUGCUCACACACGAGUGACGAGUUGUACUGGCUGAAUCCAGCAGACGGGUGGCUUGAAUAAGAACAGCGCAGGUUUGGUUAUUGGAAUGAUUCUAGAAUAGCUAGCAAAUAUCUUAUUUGAUGCGUGAAGGUGGGCCGUAAGCUGUAUUAAUAGAAGUUUGAUAUUGUCUACCCUAGUGACUGAGCUU